GAACUUUUUCCACCUACCCUAUGAAGCUGACGAGUGUUUCCGCAAUAUAAAAAAGCUGGAUUUUCCACCCACCCAUUUCCUCGUAUUCUCCUCAUAAUCUCAACUGUACCCCACUUCCCUUUCUCCAUUUUCUUGCUCACGAUGAAUACCAAGGAAUAUAUUAUGGAUGUGUUUCAACACCUUUGGUUCCCUGUCCAGUUCAUGUUUGCUUCUGCUACAUUUCUACCCGGCACCAUAAUUUCUCUUCUCGCCUCUUCAAACAUUGCUACUCUAAGUUCUGUUGACAGGUUCAAAGAUGCAUGGUUUGCCCGAUUUUGGGGUGUGUAUGGGCCUCGCGUUAGGGAGACUGCAAGUACAAACGCAGAGCCUAUGAUUAAAGCUGCUAGAGGUAUUGUUUUGGAUAUUGGUCCUGGUAGUGGCGAGUGGUUACAUGUUUUUGACAAAUCAAAGGUUACAAAGAUCUAUGGUGUAGAACCAAACCGUGAUCAUUAUGAAGCUUUGAGAAGGAGAAUUAAGGAGGCAGGUCUCACUGAUAUAUAUGAGAUUGCUGAAUGUGGAGUUGAGGGGUUGACAGAAUGGGGAAUUCAAGAUGAUAGCGUGGAUUCUGUCGUUACUAUUCUGUGUUUAUGCAGUGUUGGGCAACCUGAGGAAAUGAUUAAAGAUUUGUAUAAGAAAUUGAGAAAGGGGGGUAUCUGGGCAGUUUACGAGCAUGUGAUUAAGGACCAGGGACACUGGGCUGCCAAGUAUCAGUCUUUGGUUAAUAUCGCUUGGCCCCAUUUCCUGGGUGGUUGUUCUCUUAAGAGAGAUACGGAGAAGUCUUUGAGGGAAGUUGGAAAAUGGAGUAAGGUUGAUUUGAAGCACCCUGCUACAGAGGCUCCUUAUGCUAUCGUUCCACAUAUCAUGGGAACACUGGAGAAGUGAUUUCCAUGCUUUAAAGUAUACUCAACGAGGUAGCUCUUGUGAGAAUUGGAAUCUAUGGCCGUCCCUCUCAAUGAGUGAGAAGAGAGACGCAUGUUUUCUUAUAAGGGAGAUUGUCAGGAUUAAGAAGGAUACCGAAUCGUUGCGUAGUUUAUCAGGAGAGGCCGCAAACCCCGUGUUUAGGAAAGAAGAGUUGACCGUCUAUUGUCAUUUUGACGGAUGCAUAAGCUCAUUUGAGAGCUCCUUUUCAUUGUUCUACAACACUUUUUUAAACGCAGUAGAACAGUUGACACUUCAUGAGGAUAUUGAGAAUGGCCACAGCAAUCGCAAACAUUAGUACCACAGAUAGCUUAUUCUUCGGCUAUUUAUUUAGUUUCUGGCUCUAAAUAGAAAAUAAAGAAUCACGAAGUUCUUGGUUGGACUCUGCAGAAAUUCUGAGCAUUCUCGUUUGCA